AUGGCGUCAUCUUCAAAAGUUCGACAACUUCUGAUGGGCAUGGGUGCCUAUGCAAAGACAACUAAAGGAUUUGAUCGAGUGGCGAAAGCCGUGAGUAGAAAAAAGAUGAAAGGCAAUACGCCAAGCGGGGCUGAGCCUAAUUAUUCAAACUGACUGAAUUAUAAAAGUAGUUUACACUUCACCGGGUGCCUUUAUACUUUACAUGGAGCCGGAGAGAGUAGGGUAAAAGCUGUUAGCUCUCGCGAGGGUUUGAUCUUCUCGUGGAGUUCAUUUUCUAAGUAUUCAGAGGGUCAACAUUCAGUGGCAUUUAUCCCCAAUAGCAACAAAGUCCGGGGGGGGUAGGCACUCUUCACCCCCCUCCCCCCCGCUAUUGACGAAAUUUUCUGAAGAGGUAAACAAAAAAUCUUAAAUGGAAUUUCUGAAGUAGGACUGAAGACCAGAUUUUCUGAGGGGAAGUAGCAAAGAAGCAAAAAUUUUUCUUUUGGCGUUUAGGCAAAUUUUCUGAGGAUUUUGGGGACAAAAGAGCACUUUUCUGAGGGUUAGGAAAUUUCAAAGUCCUUCGUCAACAUGAAGGGGUGUAUAUUAAGUGAAAUCGCCCUUGGUUUUAACAGUCUAGCUGAACUACAUUUCACUUAAGACAAUUUUGGUGACUGCAGUCAUCAGUCUUUUGUAAGGCUAUGCAAGUCAGUCAAAUUAUUGUUGGCUGACCAAUACACACUUUUGGGACAUAUUCUUUCACAACGUCCAGAGGCUAAGCAGUUUUCUUAAUCCAUAAGGCCAUCCCCUUUUUUUUUUCCUUUUACCGUCUUCCGACUCACCCAAAUUUUGGCCAUUUUCAAAAAAAAAGAAAAAGUAAUGACGUAGUUAAAUCUUUUCACUUUAAUUAACUUUUUUAAUCCAAAAAAUAAGUAUAAUAACAGCAUAGUGGAAAAAGGGAACAUUUUUUUUACAGCAUAUUAUUCUGCAUUUGGUUAAUCCCAAUAAGUAAAAAGUAACUUUUAACAUUAUCCUUACUGGCAACAAGGAUUUAAACUUAGUUUGAAAAAUUUCAAUAUAUCUCUGUUAAAAAAGAAAUAAUUAACCUGUCGUAGUUUCUAACCAGCACAAAUCCGCAAAGGUGAUCUUACACAGGACGAUUCAUGACAAUGAUUUUUAACCCAACAUAGCCUUGCAAUGUUGCAACUCUGUGUUGGACUAAAAAUUGUUUUUGUGAAUAUUUGUUUGAUACAAAAAACUCUUGCUGAAAAGUGAGGGAUGCUGGUAGGUUGCAUAGGAGUUUUGGUGGUUGAUCCUUUCCUCCAUGUUGUCUUGACUUUACUAUAACAGCAACAAACGCUUCUGCCAUAUAUAUUUUGUGUUCAUGUCUCGUUGUUUCCAGGCUCCACAGCAAUGAUGCUGGGGUACCUGGCCUCCUAUUCUGAGACUUUUUUUUAGUUUUUUUUAACCUGACCGACUGACCCAAAAUCAGGAAACACAUUCGAGUGUACAAAAAAAAAAAAGGAUGGUCUAACUCUCUUUUUAUAUCAUUAUUAUUUCAAGGUGGAACUUCUGUCAUUUGAGGAAGGCAAGGCUUCAUUUAAAAUGAUAGUGGAUGAAAGUCAUUUAAAUCGCCCAGGAACACUCCAUGGAGGGAUGACGGCAACUUUGGUCGACACAUUGACUACUGCUGUGGUUGCUUCCAAGCCUCCUCAUAAACCUGGCGUGAGCGUAGAUAUGAGUAUAAGUUACUUACGGCCUGCUAAACCAGGACAAGAAAUUAUUAUAAAUGCAGAAGUGGUGAAGUUGGGAAAGGUUCUAGCCUUCACUGCAGCUGAACUGUUACACAAAGAUGGAAAACUCAUUGCUAAAGCAAGCCACACAAAAUUUAUAGGAGAAGGGAUGCCGUCAGUUUUAACAGAGUGA